UAGAAAUCUAGGACUCCACAUUGUGAAGUAUGAGUGUGGCUGUUUAACCCGAAUUCGGAAGACGAUUGACUCUUGCACAAUCGAAUUCUUAGGUUUUGUUUAUGUAGCGAUAAUUCAACGGAAUCCACCGUACGAAUGGAUGGUUUCUGUAUUCUUAAAUUAACCAACAUUCGUAUGAAAAGAAAGAACAUUUUAAUAAGAUAUCUCUAAAGAUAUGUUCAUAACUAGCUACCUUGGUUAAUGUACCUAUGUAAAGUACAACUAGGAUGGUAAGGGGAAGGUAGAACCAUAUCCACUCGGUCAUUUUCCACUUCGCUGUCGCUGGACAUUCAUGCAGGACGGGAUGAACAGUUUCAAUAUGAAGACUCUUGAGGAUUUGACUCUAGACUCGGGAUACGGGGCAGGAGACUCUUGCAAAUCCCUGAGCCUUUCCUCCUCCAAAUCCAACUCUCAGGCUUUCAUGACCGCUCCGCACCGGGGCAACUGGUGGUAUUUCUCUGGCUCCAUGAACAGCAGAAACAACAGCUGGGACACAGUAAAUGCGGUGCUACCGGAGGACCCGGAGGAUAUUUUGUCAAAGUGUCCCCGGCUGCCAGACCUAGAAGAGUUCCCCUGGACGGACGAGGAGGUGGGGAAAAUCCUACGUAAAGUCGCGAGCAAAGGACCGACUUUCUCCACCGACUAUGUCCGGAGGCUCUCCAGUCUGCUGCGAAGGGCUCUGAUCCGUAUUUCCAGAGAAGCCCAGCGCUUGAGUGUCAUGCACUGCCGAUGCUCCCGAUUCGAAGUUCAGAGUGCAAUCCGGCUGGUGCUGAGCUGGGCACUGGCGGAGACCUGCGUGUCGGCCGCGGUGAAAGCGAUAUCCUUCUACAGCAUGAGCGCCGGCGAGUGGUUGCGCAAAGGUAAGUCAGCUCGCUGUGGACUCACUUUCUCCGUGGGCCGUUUCUUCCGCUGGAUGGUGGACACUCGCAUCUCAGUGCGCAUCCACGAGUAUGCAGCCAUCUGUUUGACCGCUUGCAUGGAGAGCCUGGUGGAGGAAGUUGGCGCAAGGGCUCUGAUGUCCGAGCGACAGAGCGCAGGCGGUGAACUGCUCAGUAGCCAGGUGACGGCGGAGAUGUUGGACGGAGUUGUAAACAACGACGCCGAACUUUGGGGAGUCCUACAGCCCUAUGAGCACCUCAUAUGCGGAAAGAACGCCAACGGCGUCCUGUCCCUGCCUGCCCACUUCAGCCCGUACACGGAGGGCGAGCAGUCGGGCGUUGAGAGUCGGGAGGACGCCUACGCCCAGCUGGAGCUGCGCACCCUGGAGCAGGCCCUGCUGGCCACCUGUGUGGGGAGCAUCUCUGAGCUCAGUGACCUGGUCUCUCGGGCCAUGCACCACAUGCAGCGGCUGAGCGCUGUGCGCCCAGGGACCAGCCCCGCCCGCCAAUCCCGCCAGCAGCCCGUCUUCUGGUCUCCCGACGCCCUGCACACCCUCUACUACUACCUGCGCUGCCCCCAGAUGGAGUCCAUGGAGAACCCCAACCUGGACCCCCCCCGGAUGGCUCUCAGCAAGGAGAGGCCCUUCCUGCUCCUCCCCCCUCUGAUGGAGUGGAUGAGGGUUGCUAUCGUUCAUGCUGAGCACCGCCGCAGCCUAUUGGUUGACAGUGAUGAUGUCAGACAGACAGCCCGGCAGCUCCUCCCAGGGCUAGACUGUGAGCCCAGACAGCUGAGGCCGGAAUGCUGUUCCAGCUCCUUCAGGGGCCUGGAAGCCAAAGCGGCCGCCGACCGGUUCCAGCUGGACCUGGGCUUCCGCAUGCUCAACUGCGGCCGGACGGACCUGAUCGGCCAGGCCAUCGCCCUGCUGGGGCCGCAGGGCGUCAACACCAUGGAUGACCAGGGCAUGACGCCGCUCAUGCAUGCCUGCUCAGCGGGGGACGAGGCCUUGGUCCAGAUGCUGAUUGACGCCGGGGCUAACCUUGAUGUGGCGGUCCCCGGCUGCUCCCCCAGGCACCCCUCUGUUCAUCCCGACAGCCGCCACUGGGCGGCGCUCACGUUUGCCGUGCUGCACGGACACAUCUCCGUGGUGCAGCUCCUCCUGGACGCGGGUGCGAGCGUGGAGGGCGCGGCGGUCCGGAACGGGCAGGGGAGCGGUGGCGAAACCCCUCUGCAGCUGGCCUCCGCGGCAGGUAACUAUGAGAUGGUGAGCCUGCUGCUGGCGCGUGGGGCUGACCCCCUCCUCAGAGGGCAUGAUGGGAACGCUCUGACAUCGUCGCUCUACGAGGACAUGAACUGCUUCAGUCACGCAGCGGCACACGGACACAGGAACGUGCUGCGGAAGCUGCUGACCCAGCCGCAGCAGGUGAAGGAGGACGUGCUCUCCCUGGAAGAGAUCCUGGCCGAGGGGGUGGAGGGGGAGCAGGGCGGGGUCGGGGGCGGGGAGGGGGAGCGGUCAGCGGGGGGCCCGCCCCCCAGCCCCAGCUCCGUCUCUAACGGCGGGGGCCUCAGGCUCUGCAGGGCCCGCAGGAAAGCCCUCCAGGAGGCCAGCUACUUCAGCGCCGAGCACGGCUACCUGGACGUCACCGUGGAGCUGCGUGCUCUGGGUGUGCCCUGGAAGCUGCACGUGUGGCUGGAGUCCCUGCGCAGUGCUCAUCAUCAGGCUCGUCCCGCCGUGGUUCUCUCUCUCCUCAGGGAGUUCACCUCCAUCCGGGAGGAGGACUACUGCGAGGAGCUGGUCUGCGUAGGCCUGCCCCUCCUCUUCACCAUCCUGAGGACCAGCAAGAAUGAUGCUAUAAACCAGCAAGUGGCUUCCACCCUGAGUCACUGCUAUGGCUCCGCCCCCUUGCCUAAGGUCCCAGAGGUGAAAGUGACCCUGUCUGCUCAGCUGGAUCCUCAUUUCCUGAAUAACAGCGAGAUGUCGGACGUGACGUUCAUGGUGGAGGGCCGGCCUUUUUAUGGACACAGGGUCCUGCUGAUCACUGCUUCUGAGAGGUUCAAGUCUCUUCUGAGCUCCUGUGGGUCGGAUGGAACCGACGACGGCAACACUGUCCAGAUCGGUGACGUCAAGUACCACAUUUUCCAGAUGAUGAUGAGCUACCUGUACUGCGGGGGGGCGGAGUCUGUGAAGGGCCCAGUCUCCGACGUGCUGGAGCUGCUGGCAGCAGCCAGUUUAUUCCAGCUGGGGGCGCUGCAGAGACACUGUGAAAUCAUCUGCACACAGAUUAUCGACCUGGACAACGCAGUGAGCAUCUACCGAACUGCCAAGGCUCACAAGGCUGUGGAGCUUGUUGCGUUCUGUGAGGGCUACUUCCUGCAGAACAUGGUGGGGCUGCUGGAGAGAGAGUCGUUCCGCGGGCUGGUCCUGGGUUCGGGGGGCCGAUGGGGGCCAGGGCGAGACUCACCGCUGGACGGGCUGGAGGCGACGCUGGCACAGAGGCUGCGCUCUCUGUACGUCACCUCGCAGGUGUGAGGCGUAUUCCGCCGAGCCAAUGAGGUCAACACAGGGACGCGCAGCGCGUUUGCGUCUGCGACUGCGUCUGCAACUGCGACUGCGCGUCUGCUUGGAGCUGCGGUGACACUGUCCCUGUGCUGGCGAAUGUACUGACACCCUCUGGACUUUUAUCUCCCUGCUACAACCCUGUACGCUGUGCUUAGAUUGCAGAGACUUUUGGGUGCAGGUGAAAGGGGCAGUACACUGUGACACUACUGCCCUCUGGUGGAAUGGAGGGACACAUGGAUCCUAGCAAAGAGAACGAACCCUUACAGUGAGCCUCGGAGUCAGAACUCAGAAAUGAGUGUGAAAUGAAACGCGUGUGUGUGUGUGUGUGUGUGUGUGUGCGCGUGCAUGUGGCUGUUUUUAUGGGACGAGAAAAAAAUGCUAUUUUGGAUAUAUUUUUUAAUUUAAAUCAGAAACUUGGUUUUAUUUAAGUGUGACAGUCUGGCUGUUUGAUAUUCCUGGUGAAUAAGUUUUCUACUUGUUUUUAUUUUUUUGUUUUUACUUUGGUGCAUCAUCUCUAUUUACUCUUGAGUUUAGCCUGAUAAAUGAGACUUUAAAAAAGAGGCAGCAUUUAACUGUCAUCUCUGCAUUAUUCCAGUAUACUGUUAACAUUUAUUAAAAGUGACAUAGUGCAUAGCGCAAAGGGCAACAUUGCCCUUUUCUAUGUUGCUGCUUGGCUGCUAUUAACAUGUCUUUCAACUAACAGGCAUCUCUUGUAGCCAUUUAUUAUUGUUCAAAGUAUCAUCUUUGCAUAUUUGCGUGCUACUUUUAAAAUCAUAUUUUGACUUAACCAGAACCCUUAUCAUGGUGCAGAGUUUAUUACAGAUAAUAACAACAGUAACAAAGGCUUGAAUGUACAAAAUACUUUUGAUGGCAGGAUCUCAAAGCACGUUGCAGUGAAGUGAGUAAGGUCACCUCAGCCAAUACCUAUUUGCAGUAUCCACCUGGCUGGUCUACUUUACCUGUGAAUUUAGCAACAUUUUCACAGCUAUUGAGUACAGGGGCUGUUCAACAUUAGGAGUCUUUUCUAUCCUGUAAGCAUUGCAUCAAAUUCAAAUCAUCAUUCAAUAAAUCUGUGGAAAAUG